ACCAUGCCUCCCUCCUGCCCGGCGAGCCGACGGGAGCCACGCGGAGCCCCAUCCCCGCAGCCCAGGGUCCUCUUUUGUUCCUGAGGGCCAAGAUGCGGUAAAGAGGGGCCAGGCCGACGGCCGGCAGAGCCCUCCGCGAGCGUCUCUCCCAUCCCUCUCUUCCUCUGCCCCGGGGGGAGCUCCCCGGCCCGCCCGCCUCCUCUGCCCUUCCGCCUGCCUUUUCGGACCCCAGCUGCGGAGAGCGGGGAGAUGCUGCCGUGGAAGAGAAACAAAUUCGAGCUGAUCGAGGAGGACCCCAAGCAGGCGGCGAAGGCCAAGGGCUAUGCGGUGAGCCUCAACUACUCGGCGCUCACGUCGCUGGCCAAGGCGUGCCCGGAGAGUGCCCUCACCCGGGUGGGCAGCAUGUUCAAGUCGAAGCGGAAGAAGGUCAAGAUCACUAGCGAGGACCCCACGUACACUGUGCUGUACCUGGGCAACGCGACCACCAUCCAGUCGCGCGGCGACGGCUGCACCGACCUGGCGGUGGGUAAGAUCUGGGGCAAGAGCGAGGCGGGCAAACACGGCACCAAGAUGAAGCUGACCAUCAGCGCGCAGGGCAUCCGCAUGGUGCACGCCGACGACCAGGCGCUCAAGCGGCCGGGCCACCUGUACCUGCUGCACCGCGUCACCUACUGCGUGGCGGACCCGCGCCUGCCCAAGGUCUUCGCCUGGAUCUACCGGCACGAGCUGAAACACAAAGCCGUCAUGCUUCGCUGCCAUGCGGUGCUCGUGUCCAAGGCCGAGAAGGCCAAGGCCAUGGCGCUGCUGCUCUACCAGACGUCGGCCACGGCCCUGGCCGAAUUCAAAAGACUCAAGCGGCGCGACGACGCGCGCCACCAGCAGCAGCAGCUGGUGGGCGAGCAGAGCAUCCCGCUGGUGCCCCUCCGAAAGCUCCUGCUGCACGGGCCCAGCUGCUACAAGCCUCCGGUGGAGCGGAGCCGCAGCGCGCCCAAGCUGGGCUCCAUCACGGAGGACCUGCUGGGCGAGCAGCGGGAGUCGCAGCAGCAGCAGCAGGGAGAGCACCUCGUGGGCGACGCGGACGAGGACCCCGGCCCCCCCCACGACGGCGAGGACGAGGAUGACCUGGCCCUAGACUUGGACCUGCCCCUGGACGGCGAGAGCGGGGACGUGGAGGCCGACGGGGAGGCGCAGCUCCAGCCUCCCCUCGGGGCCUCGCCCUUGGAGUGUGGGGACCUCCUGGACGCGCCGCACCCGCGGCGCUCCGGCGCACUGCUGCUAGCCGGGUCCCCGGCCGACGGGGAGCGCGAGCUCUCGCGGCUCAUCGGCGACCUCGGCGAGCUCGGCAUCGGCAACGACGUGCAGAGCCUGCGGGCCGACCUGCGCGUCACCCGGCUGCUGUCGGGCGAGAGCACGGGCAGCGAGAGCUCCAUAGAAAGCGGCUGUCAGGACGCGGGGGGCUCGCCAGGGCUCGCCAACGGACUAGAUGAGGCCGGGCCGGAGCCCGGUUCGGGCUGAGCUCGAUCUAGGCUGCUGUUUGGGGCG